UACAAUAUACUACUUUAGAAUAAAAUAGAAAAAGCUUGUUAUAUCCAUUUCUAUUAUAUAUACACAUAACAUAUUACCACCCUAUAGAACCCCAUCGAUUUUCUUUCCCUUGUCUCUGUGAAUCUUGAAAUUCAAAACAUUUUGGUUUCAGAAACAGAUGCUCAGAGGUAAAAUAUAAGUUUUAAGUUUGGCUUGGGAAACUGAUAGCAGAGAUACUGCAUGCUGUUUUAAGGAGUUCUCUUGACUACCCAUUUCUCAGGGUUCAUUAAUGGCGGAGAAAGACCCUGAUUUUUUCUCCCACAAAUUGCCUACUGCUUCUCAGGUGGUGGAGGAAUUGAAGGAGCUAUGGGGAAUGGCUUUGCCAAUAACAGCAAUGAAUUGCUUAGUCUAUGUUAGAGCAGUGGUGUCUGUUCUAUUCUUGGGAAGACUUGGAAGUCUAGAACUUGCUGGUGGAGCACUUUCCAUUGGGUUCACAAAUAUAACUGGUUACUCUGUUCUUGUUGGUCUUGCUUCAGGUCUUGAGCCUGUUUGUAGCCAAGCUUAUGGAAGCAAGAACUGGGACUUGCUUUCACAGUCUCUACAACGUAUGAUUUGCAUACUUUUGUUGGCUAUCAUUCCAAUAAGUCUUUUGUGGAUUAAUCUUGAGGGAAUCAUGCUUUUCAUGUGUCAAGAUAAGGAAAUAACAGCAAUGGCUGCAACUUACUGUAUCUACUCACUCCCUGAUCUUGCAACAAACACUUUGUUACAGCCUCUGAGGGUGUAUCUGAGGUCACAGGGGGUGACUAAGCCUCAGAUGUGGUGUACUUUUGUGGCAGUGCUCUUUCAUGUGCCGUUGAACUAUUUUUUGGUUGUGGUGAUGGGGCUAGGAGUUCCAGGAGUUGCUAUGGCUUCAGUGCUGACUAAUCUGCAUAUGAUGGUGCUGAUGAUGGGGUAUGUCUAUGUUUAUGGGAGGGGGGAGUGGAGAUGGACGGCUGGGAUUGGAGGGAUUUGUGGUGGAUUGGGCCCACUGCUGAAGUUGGCUGUUCCUAGUUGUAUUGGUAUCUGUUUAGAAUGGUGGUGGUAUGAGAUUGUAACUGUUCUUGCUGGAUAUUUGCCUAAUCCAAGGCUUGCUGUAGCUGCUACUGGGAUCAUGAUACAGACCACUAGCCUUAUGUACACCGUUCCCAUGGCCUUGGCUGGCUGUGUAUCUGCUAGGGUCGGGAACGAGUUAGGAGCUGGGAAACCAUACAAAGCAAAGUUAGCUGCAGUAGUUGCAUUAGCUUGUGCGUUUGUCAUUGGAUUCAUAAACGUUAUAUGGACGGUGAUCUUCAGGAACAAAUGGGGAGGCUUAUUUACAAAAGAUGAGAUGCUUCAAGCACUUGUUGCAUCAGUUUUACCAAUCAUCGGUUUGUGUGAGCUCGGAAACUGUCCUCAGACCACCGGUUGUGGCAUACUCCGUGGAACAGCUCAGCCGGUUAUAGGUGCCAGGAUCAACCUUGGCUCAUUUUACUUCGUUGGCACUCCGAUAGCAUUAUGCUUAGCCUUCUGGCUAAAAGUUGGUUUUAGUGGUCUAUGGUAUGGUCUGUUAUCAGCUCAAGCAGCCUGUGCUAUCUCAAUUCUAUAUGCUGUCCAUUGCUGCACAGACUGGGAAGGCGAGGCGCUGAAAGCGAAGCGACUAACCAACUUAGAGAUGAUGGGACAUAGAGAUGACAUUAGUGAUGAUGAUGAUGAUGAACAAGAUGGCCUUUUGGUUAAUGAGAUGAUCAAAGACAAGUUUGAUGAUGUUCCAUAAAGAAACUUUUUUUUUCUUCCUUUUUAUAAGGAGCUAGGGACUCUCUUUUUGUUGUUUAGUUGCUUUUGUCAAGGGUAAAAGGAAUAUGAUGGUGUCCCAUACAAAAAUGUUUGUUCCAUAAUUUCAGGCUCUAAUACAAAAUAACAUUUUGCUUUGAGUUGCUCAACCCAUA